AUGUCCUCAGAAGCCUGCUGCACCUGCGCAUCGUUGCUUUCCACGAUCCCACCUUCCUAUGACGAGAAGACUGAGAAGCCCGCGCGUUAUGAGCGCCGUCUCGAGUGCUGCGGCCGCGCAAUAUGCGCGCGAUGCAUGACAGACAACCCGCGAUUCGCAACAUACUGUCCCUUUUGUCAAGUUUCGAUCGUACCAUCGCCGUUGCCGCAAGGCCUACGAGAUCCUCCGGCAUAUUCGCCACCGCCAUCCCCAAGACCUUCUCAUGCCAGACUGGCGGCCAGUGAUGGGGACGAUCUUCCACCGGCAUACUCUUCGCACAACCCUUUACAACCGCCAUCGGAGAAGUCCUCGGGCAAGGACGGGGAACCUGCGCCAGAUGUCCUGCACUUCGUGGACCCAGCACACGAUUCCAUCUCCUCGUUAUCCCUACGGUAUGGCGUGCCUGCCAACGCGCUCAGGAGGACAAACAACCUGUAUGCGGACAACCUGAUUGCGGCGCGAAGAACAGUCUUGAUACCCGGGGAGUUCUACAAGGGUGGUGUUAGUCUGAGCCCGCGACCCAUCGAAGGAGAGGAGGAAGAGAUUAGAAAAGGCAAAAUCAGGAAGUGGAUGGUGGCGUGUAAAGUCUCAGAAUACGAUAUUGCUCUCAUGUACUUGAAGCAGUCAGACUACGAUCUCGAGUCCGCAAUAGAAGCGUACAAAGAAGACGAGCGCUGGGAGAAAGAACAUCCACUGCAGGCUGCGAAGAAGGGAAAGUCUAGUGCACCGCAAAACUCUGGUCGGCGAAGAUGGGGUUUUGGUGGUGGCUUGACUGGACAGCUGUCGUAG